GAACCGGACGAGACGCUGGGCGAACGCCUCUGGGGUCUCACCGAGAUGUUCCCGGAAACGGUACGGAACGUGACCGGUGCCGUCACCAACUUCUCCGUGGCCAGCGUGAAAACCGUGUACAAGCUCACCUGCAACGCGUCGUGGAUCUUCUUCACCAGCUCGAUGAUCCUGUUCGCUCCGAUCGUGUUCGAGGUGGAACGGGCCCAGAUGGAGGAGAUGCAAAAGUCUCAACAGAAGCAAGUGCUGCUGGGUCCGGGUUCGGCCGUCGGCGGUGGUGGUGGCCCAGGUGGUAUGCCAGCGAUGCCCCCCAUGGCGGCCCGAUAAUCGUCCUGUCCUCCCGAAUACGCAAAACUCAUACAAAUUUGCAAUUAAUUAGCCAGUAGAAUAAAUACCAUUGAUGGAACUAGUGUUGGAAUAUUUGACACAAGGAAGAGUAUGAGAGACAAAUUGCAAGACUACUGCUGUUACUACAGACAGAUUCAAUAGGUUAGCAUACGACCGGGAUUCACACAUUCGUUUUGGACAGGUUUGCUGCCCUUGUGGCCGCCCUCCUCUCUUACACGGGGCCGAUUUCCUAUGGCAGGCGGGGGAACCUCCUUUAGUCACUUACUAAUAUCGAAUGAUUACCGCUUGAUGGACAUUUACUGAUUGAAGAAUUGUUGCUAAGCAGUAGUAGGUACUACCCUAUCUUAGAGGAUCACAUUCAAAAUACAGUAUAGAAGGAUAAAUUGUG